GAGAAGAGAGAAGGAGAUAAAAACCCCACCAGGAGUACUUAGAACUUUCUGGAAAAGCGACCGCACCAAUCAAAACUAGCUUCUCGCGCCUUCUUUUCCUUUCUCCCCUCAAAUUAAUCCCACCCCAAAUUUAAUUCAUCCUGGGCCCUACCACCAAAACCUAUUUUUAUUUUCUCUUUCUUCUCAUUUCCACUUUUACCCAUUUCAUCCGUUUCCUUAUUUUGCCAUAUUUUAACUCUCCUCUGUCUUUCUCUCCUCCUUCGUCCUCUUCCUCCUUCAUUUCCUAACAGAACCUUCUAGAACGAACCAUUGAACGAACGAAUCCGCCAUAAGCGCCCAUCUCUCCGUUCUAUCUCGUCAAUUACCAAAUCUAAUUGGGACAACAGUUGUCUGAGGUAAGAUAUACAGAAGCGAAGAAGAUAGUCUCUUUUCUUUUUUCUUUUCCCUUUUUCUGUACUGGAAUGAAAAUAAUUCCGAGUCCUAAUCUUUUACGUGUAUUAUUAAUGUGAUCUUUUUCUGGUGGUUUUGUAUGUUAGAAAUUUCUAGUAGUUGGAUCUGGUGGUCUUUGUUGCUGCGUCAAUGCCGGCUGAGCAAACCGGUGAAUCCACCACCGGGGUUGUUGGUGAGUCUCAGAGGUCUCUUCCGACGCCAUUUUUGAACAAGACUUACCAAAUAGUGGAUGAUCCCGCCUUCGACGAUUUGAUUUCGUGGAACGAAGACGGCACCGCUUUCAUCGUUUGGCGUCCAGCUGAAUUCGCCAGGGAUUUGCUCCCCAAGUAUUUCAAACACAACAAUUUCUCCAGUUUCGUGCGCCAGCUUAAUACUUACGGAUUCAGGAAAGUAGUGCCGGAUCGAUGGGAAUUUGCGAACGAUUGUUUCCGGAAGGGAGAAAAGAGAUUAUUGAAGGAUAUUCAACGAAGGAAAAUAACUCCGGCGGCCGCGGCGUCGCCGGCGGCGGCGGUAACCUCACCCGUGGCAGCUGCGAAUGCACAGGGGAUCACGGUGGUGGUUCCGCCGGUGAUGAGAUCGUUGUCGCCGGCGACUUCCGGUGACGAGCAGGUUUUGUCCUCGAAUUCUUCGCCGGCAGCCACCACCACCACGACGGCUGCUAGGCCUACAACGACGCCGGAGAUUCUGGAAGAGAAUGAAAGAUUAAGGAAAGAGAACGCGCAGCUGAGUCGGGAAUUGAGCCGGUUGCGGAGUUUGUGCGGGAAUAUUUACACCUUGAUGUCGACCUACUCCGGCAAUCAGGCGGAAAACGGUGGAGGAGAAGUUCACGAGAAUGAGAAAAGAGCCUUGGACUUGAUGCCGGAGAUCCAGGCGGCGGUGGAAGUCGACUGCGGCAUCGCCUGCGUAGGAAGCGGUGGGGUAAGGAAGGCGGAGGAUGCGGAGGAAGAAGAAUUGGACUUGAGCCCGAGGCUGUUUGGUGUCUCACUCGGGGUCAAGCGCGUGAGGAGGAGCGACGACGAAGUAGAUAGUGAGAAGCAAGGGAGUGAUCAGAUGCGGACGCAUGUAACCGAGGAAAAAUGUGAGCCGUCAGAUGGAGCUGUAGAUCACCGCCGUGAUGAUGUUGGAUGGCUAGAUAUUUCCAUCAGCAGAAAAUCUGAGGGCGAGAUUUGACCCACCCCUUGGAACGCCCGGGGAGAAUGUCGUGGGGUCCACCAGUGAAGGCAGAGAAAGGGAGAAAAAGAGGGAAAAAAAAAAAGGGAUGAGAAAGUUCAAGGAGGGAUUGAGAAAGGUGAUGCCGUGGAUAAUCAUCACGUGUUACGUGUACGUAAUUUUCAAAUCUUCUGGUCCUUUCUGGAAUGAUGAUGGGAUCACGUGGGCCCAGUUGGGCUCGUGGAUUGCUUGCUUACGAAAUUGAAGUCAGCUAUGUCAGGGAAUUGUUAGCAGUCGGCCCGGUGAAACAUUUGGACAAUGCGGAGGUCGGAAUUUGGGCUACUGUAACUGACUGGCCCGGUGGAAAUGUUGCCAAUGUCGGACUGAUGACCUUUGAAGGGAUUGCCGGUGGAGAGUUACGAGAAUAUAUAAUAGUAGCUCAUGUCUAGACUGUAGAGAUUGUGACUUUCUUCUUCUUCUUUUUUUUCUUUUUUUUUUUUUACCAAAGUGAUUAUUAUUAUUAUUUUUUUUAUAGAAAAACAGAUAUUUUGUUUUGGGGCAUCAUCUCUUUUCUGUUUUCUUUUAUUUUAUGAAUUAAAUUUGUUUUGACC